UCCGGCGCCCAGUGGCGGAAACGGGCUCGCUUCGUCGACUGCGGAGGGGCCGCGCGCCAGACAGGCAGGCAGGCAAGAGGGCAGGCUCCGUUGUGAGGCGUGGGUGGCCAGGCCUCGCCUCUGGACCCUCUGCCUCGAGAAAGAAAGGAAAGACGGAGAGAGGGAGACCUGAAGGGAUUGCGUGGCCGCCAUCAUGACCGCCGAGGAAGGCAAGGCCGAGGAGAUGAGCGCCGCGCCGGAGGGAGAGGCGGGCACCGACAUCACCCCCAAGAGCGACGGGGGCGUCCUCAAGGUUAUCAAGAAAGAGGGUACAGGAACAGAAACUCCCAUGAUAGGUGACAAAGUGACUGUCCACUAUACAGGAUGGCUUCUAGAUGGAACAAAGUUUGAUUCAAGCCGUGACCGAAAGGACAAGUUCUCAUUUGACUUUGGCAAAGGUGAAGUUAUCAAAGCUUGGGAUAUUGCUGUCGGAACGAUGAAAAUUGGAGAACUUUGUCAAAUUACUUGCAAACCAGAAUAUGCCUAUGGCUCUGCUGGCAGCCCUCCUAAGAUUCCUCCUAACGCAACACUGAUUUUUGAGAUAGAACUGUUUGAGUUCAAAGGAAAGGAUCUUACAGAUGAUGAAGAUGGUGGAAUAAUUCGACGAAUCCGUAAAAAAGGAGAAGGCUACUCCAAACCCAACGAAGGAGCCUUAGUAGAGAUUGAGGUAGAAGGUUGGCAUGGAAACAGAGUAUUUGACAAGCGUGAGCUGCGGUUUGAAGUAGGAGAGGGAGAAAAUUAUGACCUUCCUCCUGGACUGGACAAAGCUCUGCAGAAAAUGGAGAAGUUGGAGGAGUGUGUAAUAUAUCUCAAACCCAGCUAUGGUUUUGGCAGUGCUGGGAAACAAAAGUUUCAGAUUCCUCCAGAUGCAGAGCUGCAAUAUGAAAUCAAGCUCAAAAGUUUUGAAAAGGCUAAGGAAUCAUGGGAGAUGAAUACUGACGAGAAGUUGGAACAAGGUUCCAUUGCAAAAGAAAAGGGUACCCAAUAUUUCAAAGAGGGGAAGUACAAACGAGCAACAUUACAAUAUAAGAAGAUUGUAUCGUGGCUGGAGCAUGAAACUGGACUCUCUGAUGAGGAGGAGUCGAAAGCCAAAAGCCUCAGGCUGGCAGCACAUCUUAACUUGGCCAUGUGCCAUCUGAAGUUAAAGGAAUAUUCCCAUGUCUUAGAAAACUGCAACAAGGCUCUUGAGUUGGACAACAGCAAUGAGAAAGGCCUUUUCCGGCGUGGCGAAGCCCAUCUGGCUGUUAAUGACUUUGAGUUGGCGAGAGAAGAUUUCCAGAAGGUGCUACAGCUCUAUCCAAGUAACAAAGCGGCCAAAGCACAGCUAAUGAUCUGUCAUCAAAAGAUCCGUGAACAGCAUGAGAGAGAGAAAAAGAUGUAUGCCAAUAUGUUCCAGAGGCUGGCAGACAAGGAGACAAAGCUGGAAGCUGAUACAGUCCGCAAAGAAGAGACAGAAAUGAAAGACGACAAACAGAAUGGGGUUGAAGAAAAAACAGAAGUUGAUGUAGAAGCUUGAAGCUGUCAUGCUGACCUGUUUUGUAAAAUUGAAGAAUUUCCAGUGAACUAGACCUUUAUUUUUCUAUCUGAUUGAAAUAAGGGACAGAGGCUGGGGUUAUGGUGCUGCUUUGUGUCUGUCUAUGUAGGAAACAUUGGUGGCUGAACAGACCUGAGUAAUCUUAGGGACUUUAUUUAUUCAAUCAUGAGUUCUGACUCUGUUAUUGAUCUUGGGAGUUCCAUCAAGAUUCCUUUUUAAUUCCUUUUACUUCUCUGACUGGCAUCCCUCUCGGGUUCCUGCACAAUCUAGUCCCAGUUUCCAUUCUGUUUACUCUUAAAUAAAAGUCAAAGAAUCAGCUUAGCUAAAAAAAAGUCACUGUAUGAAAGACUUAACUAGUGUGUUCUUUUUCCUAUUACAGCCUGGUUAUGUCUUCUUUCCUCUGUCAAUGCAGGCAUGCUCCUUCCAUGGAGAUAUUGUUGUCAUCUUUCUUGUAAUGCAUCUUCUUUUGCAUAUUACUGAAGAUGAAGACUGCAGUCCAAAGCUUGAGCAAUAAAGCACCAAAAUAAAAUUGA